AUUGUUUAUUCCAGCAUGAGGUUUCGCAAGGCGGAGAACCGGUAUAAAACUACAGUUCCCAGAAUGCUUUGCGCUCUCCGGAUCAAUUGCAAGAUGGCUGUUUUCGGCAAAAUCGGGGCAUAUCUGAAAAACGCUUGGGCCACGCAACCAGUUAUUGUGGCCUCGUUUGCCAUCGGCACCCUAGCUAUAAUUACUCCCUUUCUAAGCCCCUACACUAAGUACAGUGGAAUGAUCAACCAAGCGAUGCCGUACACAUAUCCAGUCCCCGUUCGGGAUGAUGGCAACAUGCCCGAUAUUCCCGCCCACCCUUGUGACAAGGAAGGCCCAAGCCUCGAGUGGCUGAAGAACUUCUGAGGCCUUCAGAAGACUUCCUGAGCCGCCACUGAAGAGUCCACCAAUCCAACCCAACUGGUGCACCUUAAUGCGUUGCAACCCUGCUGUUUUCACAGUGUAGAUGGAGAAUGUUUCUAGAGUGUAUUAAACAUGCUGUUAACUUAAA